AUGCCGCCUCUGCCAGCUAAAUACCCACGACAGAUCCCUCUCGAGGUCACAGUCUAUGGCCCCCACAACGCUCUCAGAGCCGCCAACUUUGGUGCUAAGCGUCUUCUCCUCUGCCGAAAGGGCUCCUCUACGGUUGGCGGAGUGACUCCCACCCCCCAGGAGCUCCGCCAUCUCAAAAGAAAGAUUCACAUCCCAAUCAGCUGCGUCAUUCGACCCCGUGGAGCUCCUAACCCUUCUGGUCCAGGCGAGUCUCACGACUACGUUUACUCUAACAACGAACUUGUCCAGAUGAGCGAGUCUAUUCGCCAGCUCAAGGAAACAGGCGUCAUGAAUGCUAUCCGCGGAGAUUCUUUCGUGUUUGGAUGUGUUAGGCGUAGCCAUGAGGAAACAGCUGAGAACUCUCGCCACAAAAUCGUGAUUCACUCAGCAUACUGUCGCUAUCUCAUUGAAAUGGCCAAGCCAUUCGGCUGUGUCUUCAACCGUGCUUUCGACCACUUUGCUGAACGUGGAAACCCAGAAGCUGUCAUUGCAGAGCUCACCACUCUUGGCUUUGCAGGCAUCAUGACAGCGGGAGGACCAGGUUGCUUUUCCAACCACCUUGAGCGGCUAGAUGCUAUGUGCCAGCAUACCACCAACAUCCAACUCGUUGUCGCAGGGGGGGUUUGUUGCCCCGAGAUCCAGAAGCUUCGAAAGCGUGCUCACAACCAUGAUCGUCUCUCCAUUUGGAUGAACGGCGAUUGUCUUCGUCCCAGAGAUCAUGACGAUCCAGAGACUACCGAUAUGAACGGCGUCAUGUCGCUGAUUGAUCAGCUCGGCUUACAAACAACGGACUAG